AUGACUGAUCAAGUUAUACAUGGAGCAGUGAAAAGUUUAAAUAUGCCUGUUGAAUUCUAUUUCUCUGCUAUCUACGAGCAACAUACAGUGGAAGAUAGAAGAAGUUUAAGGUCGCAUCUGAGAGGUAUCGCUAAUGGAAUCCAGGAUCUUUGGCUGGUCAUGGGUAAUUUUAAUACAAUCCUGAGACCUGAUGAUAGAGUCAAUGGUAAUGUAGUGACGGAAGCAGAAGCCAGAGACUUCAAUGACUUUAUUGUUGACACUGGAAUGGGUGAGUUGAAAACAGUUGAUAGGAGUUUUACAUGGACAAAUAGUCACAUCUUCAGUAGAAUUGAUCGGGCAAUUGGGAAUGCGGAAUGGAUGAUCCAUAUGGAUCACAUAGAGGUGCAGAUACUAGAUCCUCAUUUCUCUGAUCAGUCUCCUUUAUGUGUUGAUUUUGCUGAAACAGUUAAUAAUAGACCUAAACCAAUUAAGUUCUUAAAUCACCUGGCAGACCAUCAUGAUUUUUUGGCAGAAGUAGAAACAGGUUGGAUGAAACCAGUUAUGGGAAAUUCUAUGAAAACACUGUGGUUGAAAUUGAAAAAUAUCAAGAAUGAAAUGAAGACACUAAACAAUAAUGAAUUCUCAAGUGUGGGAAGCAGGAUAAAGGACACUAGAAGGGCUCUAGCAGAGCUACAGGAGCAGAUGAGAGACUACAAACAUGAUGCAGCUUUAUUUGACACAGAGAGAAAUUUGAAAAAAGAACUGGAGAAAUGGUCAAAGGUCGAAGAAAGCAUAUAUAGGCAGAAAUCAAGAAUACAAUGGUUACAACUAGGGGAUGCAAAUACAGCUUUUUUCUAUGCUAGCAUUAAAAAUAGGACUGCUCGCAAUCAAAUCAAGAAGCUGAACUAUGCUGGAGAUUGGAUACAAACUGAAGCUAUGGUUAAAGAGAAAAUCCUUGGUUUCUAUAAAAAAAAAUACUUGGGGCUGCUACCUGACAAAUGCCUGCGAUCAAGCCAGACAUAUGCAAAAGAGGCCAUGUACUAA